UUGUUGAUUUAUGUAGAACCUUCGAGCUUCUUCUUCCACCUACAUUUAUCACCCUUUUAAAUACUCCAAUAUUCACCAUCUCUGUUUCAACACAAAACAAAUUUAACAACGCUUUCAGAUUAUCAGAAUAUUGAAUAUCACUUCAUCCGAUCCGAGAAAGAAAGAACGAUAAUGGAUUUCAGAUUGAUGGGUUUGGAUGCUCCAGUGCUGCAUGCUUUGCACCAAAUGAUGGACCUUUCAGACGACAACUCUUCCGACAAGUCAUCAUCACAUAAUGCUCCCACACGGUCGUACGUUAGAGAUGCGAAGGCGAUGGCUGCAACACCGGCGGACGUGAAGGAAUAUCCAAAUUCAUACGUGUUCUUGAUCGACAUGCCGGGGUUGAAAUCCGGUGAUAUACAGGUUCAGGUUGAAGAUGAGAAUGUGCUAGUGAUAAGUGGUGAGAGGAAGAGGGAAGAAGAGAAAGAAGGUGCUAAGUAUUUGAGAAUGGAGAGAAGAGUUGGGAAAUUUAUGCGCAAGUUUGUUCUUCCUGAGAAUGCUAAUACUGAUGCUGUUUCGGCUGUGUGUCAAGAUGGGGUGUUGACUGUUACGGUUGAGAAAUUGCCUCCUCCUCAACCAAAGAAACCUAAGACUAUUGAGGUUAAGGUCGCUUGAAAUUGAAACCUUGUUUGAAUUAGGAUGAUCUUUGGGGCAGAGGGUAACAGUGUCUUUCUUUAAGGUUGUUCUUUUUUAUGUUUUGUUUUGAUGAUCAUUGUUGUUGAUUUGUAAUGCAAUGAAAUGCAGUGGUUCUGUUUC